UGGCUUCCUGGCUGCGAGGGGGUGUCUAAGUUCUUUUUUUCCUUUCCGCUGUGGAGGGGAUAUCACUUCGGAGGGAUCAUUAGCUGCCAGCAGCCCGGCUGGGUCAGGGCUGGGAGGCGGAGACGCAGCUGCCGGCAGCGGAGCAAGGUGGAGACACGAAGGCAGAAGACCAGGUUAAUGAAAGCAUGAGGUGGCUCUUGGGCAGCGGCUUGAAACAUUUUGGACAUGCUGACAGGGGAAACUAUGACUGGCUAAACAGUGAACCAGGUGGGCCACUUCUGGAAACAGAGCUUCAGAGCAGACAACAGACAAGUUCAACCAAAGACGACGUAGAACCAUUUCUGUGUAUCAUAUUGCCUGCCACCAUGAUGCUCUUCCUGGCAUUCCUGCUGCUCUUCCUGUACCGCCGUUGCCAGCGCCCCGCUCAGCAGGGGCAGAUCUUCAGCAUCGACCUUCCCGAGGCCCUGCCUGAGCACGACGUGUCCAACUUCCUCUCUGCGCUGCCCUGGAGCAGCGAACAGAGCUUCCACUACUCCACGCUGCUCCCCGACGCCACGUUCCUCUCCGUGUGUUUGCCUCCGUCGUACGAGGAGGCCACCAUGAAGACUCCCAUGGAGGAGGCUCACAUUGAGCUCUCUCCAGACCCAGUGCCUCCUUACGAAGAGGGCGCGCCGCACGCAGGCGGCACCAAAUAAACUUCCUACGGAAGCACCUUAGCCGAAGCGUGCGGCACAAGGGUAGAACUGCUAUGGCCUUUAACAUUUGUGAAAAGAUUCCCAAUGAGGCACAAAACCAAUGAAUUUAUGAAGGAAGAAACUUGAAGUAACAGGGAGCCCGUCUCUUCACCUCAUCCUAGGAUUCUCUACCUUCCAUUUGUGGCAAAUGUACACACGAUGUAGCACCAAAUCCAGUCCAGACUGGUAACAUGGGAAUUCUAGUUAACAAACAUGUCAUGCAAGGAUUAAACUUAAGGAAAGCUGGGAAGCUCUUCCUCUGUAAUCCCUCAGCUACAACGAAAUGUCAAUAACGCUAUAGAUUCAGCAGUCACAAAAAGGGCUUUUAGCACAUACAUAUUCCAGUUUGGGGGGCUUUUUUCUAUUUUAUGCAUUUAUAUUUAAAUGAGUUUUUGACAAGCUGAGUCAGUCUGUGUGUGUUUACAUCAUAUCAUUCUGCAGUGCUCUGGAAUGAUCACAACAGCUCUCAGGAAAGCAAAUAAAGAUAUAACCUCUACAAAAUUUCCAGUAACCGUCCCCAGAGGUUCAAAUGUGGCUGGCUUUUCUCAUAGCUGAAUGAUGUGGACAACCAGAGAACACCUGAGCGUUCUGGGUGAGGAAGACUCCAUGCAAGAGCACAUUCACUCUGUUGCUGUAAGCUGCUUGCCAAGGUCCCAACAUUCCAGACUACUCGAAUUACUUCUUUUCCAAGUCUAAAAUAAUAAACCAUGUGACUUGGUGCAGUGUGUAAAGGAUUUGGGGAAAAAUUAAUAAAAUCAAGUGCACCAAAAAAUCCCUGGUCUGUAUGUCAAAACAGCAUUAUAAUCCCUUCCUCUUCAUCACCAGGCAGGGCGAGGCUAAUUCAGUUAUGUUGGUGGCAGUGGUUCAGAGGGUUUGCAUAUGCAAAUGCUUUCAGAAAAUUAUGUAUGUUAUCUUUAAUUCUUUCUUACAGGAUAGCAUUUUCACUAAGUUGAUAGAUGCUCUUCUUACAGAAGGUGGUUGCUACAGAUCCCGACAGCCUCAAAAGUUACAUUGCAAGCCACAGACAAAUGCAGUGGGGAAUAGCUGACACCUCCAUGGAAGAAACUGUUGUAGCAGCUUGUGCAGCCUUGGUGUAACAUACAAACCCAAAGGCUUGCACUUGGUGAUUUCAGUGACUGUCAGGAGGUGUAAACAACAGCCAGUCCUGCUUUACAAACUUAGCAUAUACUUUAAAAAAACUGAACAAAAACAACACCACAGUAAUGGAAGGAAAAAUCCUCACUGUACAGCAGAAGAAAGGCCACUUUAGAGCUGCAAGGUGGUUGUAUUCUGCAUUAUGUUAACAACACACAGUAACCAAAUAGUCCAUAUCAAAACUGAUGUUCCCACUCAUACAUGUCGCUUACAACAAGGAAAACAUAUGCUUUUUCUAUUUAGAAAAAGGGUUAUUUUCUUGAACUACGAACUUGGGAUCAUUCUUUUUGUAGUGUUCCAUUUGGGUCAUCAAACUGAAGCAGCAGAUGUUUUGGAAAACUCCUGAUUCAUUCAACCUUUUUUCUUUUCAGGCCAUAUCUGGGAACAGUUCCCGGUAUUUGCUGAUGUGUUUGAAAGUCAAUAUUCUACUGCCUCUUUGCAUUUUCUUUACUUCCUUAAUAUUUGGAACAACAUGUAGUUGUUUCUAAGGAAAGCUGGAAAAAAUGCAAGAGUCCCAAGCAACAAACCUAAUUGGAAAGGUGCAAAAGUUUGAGGUUCAAAGAUAAACCAUUCUGCCUCUGGUGUUUGCAUAUUCCUAACUUCAGGGGAAUUGUAUGGAUAUGCUUGAAAACUCAGACAUUGUCCUAUCAAGUUGAGUAUAUUUUGCCUUAAGAGAUCUGCUGUGUUCUGAAAUGAGCUACGCUGUUCUUCAGCUCAAUCUCUUGUUCGCCCUUAACUCGGGUAGAGCCUGAUACUCAGCCUGUGGGCUCAUCGUUCUGAACUGCUCUCCAGUUACCUUAGUUACAGUUGAGAAAAAAUUUGACUGGUAUUUCUUGUGACCAAGACUGAUAUACUUCUAUAACUGGUUGAGAAUUGCUAUUCCCUGCAAGAAUACAGAGAGUGAUUGUGUUUCACACACUAUCUAUUGGAAAACUCUCAAAUCCUGCUUUAGACAAAUAGCUUCUGAUUGUUAGCAUUGCUAAAGACAAUUAAAAACACACACUCAAAUCCAUAUUAAUAGAAACACUGCCAUACCUUAAAUUCUUCUUCCUAGUAAACUGCUCUUUAUUCCAUUGGGAAUUGGUGUCCCUUAUCUCAUUCCAUGACAGAUUUGACUAGUCUUGUAUGUUAAUUGUCCCUAAUGGUUUCAACAUAACUGGCACCUCUGCUCUUAAAUCUUGACCACAAAGAGAAGUCCCACCAAAAAAAAAAAAAAAAAAAACAAAAAACAAAAAAAAAAAAAAAAAAAAAAACAAACAA